AUGCUGCGCAAGCGUGCAGCAUCGCGGACGGGUCGCAAAACGCACAUCAAGCGGCAGAUGAACUCACCAUUCCCUCAAAUUCCACAACGGGCGCGCGUGAAGGCUUGCCGGCAGUGGCGCGUGCCCAUCUUCGUACUCCAUCCUCACAGCACCGUCGUCACAACCGUCACGUUUAGUGUUGCACUGGACGCCAACGUCACCACCAUCGUCGACGCAUUCCGGGCAGAGAGUCCAGGUGUUGAAGGGGAGUCGACGUCGCUGAGGAAGCUCCGCCAGCCGUACUCCGUCGGAUUCCAGGGGGCUGAUGCUAUCGAUGAGCGGAUCGCUUCGCAAGGCUUGGACAACGUAUGCGAGACCUUCAACCGGCGACGCACCAUCCGGUCAUUCGUGGAUAAAUUGCAGGAAUAUGAGAGCUCCUUUAUGGUCAUUGUUCUUCCGCUGCAAACACCAACCAUCGUCGACUCGCGAGUCGCCUGGGCGAGAGAUCUGCACAAUUUCAUUCGGAGAAACCAAAAUGUCCCAUUCGAGCAAGUUCCUGGUGUCCCUGUGCCGUGCGUCAACGAGACGGUACUCAUGGAUUCUGCCAUCGGCUGGGCGAGUGAGCAUGUCCCUGGCCAGCAUGUUCCAAUACCCACCCAAUUCUAA